CUGGAAAAAUAGAGUGCUCUACAAAAUAGGAUUUCUCUCUCGGAAAUUUCUAGACGAUUAACAAAAAUGAUUUUGGUUAAUUCGGUAAACGUGAUCCAAACUCAACAUGCUAAGGAGGACAUUAUGUGUUGGAAGGACGAGGUUUUAUCGUGGUACAGUACAGGAGGUUACGAGCUAGCAUGGACAGUGUAGUACAGAACCUGAACCUGGGUGUAAAAAUGAUACAGAGACAUGCAUGCUAGAAGCCUAGAAGAGAUAUGGUCAUAUAUCUUGCAACUUUUUGCUUUCUCAGUCUCAGGUGAUUCAACUAAAUACGUCUAAGGUGUACGGAUUUGGCUGGAAAAAUAGCCCCCACCCCGACGAUUGAUUUGGCUGGAAAAAGCAAAAGGGUGCAUUCUGCCAAGAAUUAUCCAUUUCAAGGGUGGAUUCUGUCAUUUUUAGUUUUCCAGGGUGCAAAAUGCAAAUUACCCCAUUUUCUUCUCGUUCCCUUUCUCCCCCCUGUUUCCCCCAUUUCCGUCUUUGUCGCUUAUCUUCUUCCAUCCCAAAAUGAUCUCAAAUAUAAGCUAAAAGGCAAUUUUUUUUGAGUUUUUGCAAAGCACCCACAUCGUCAACACGACGGUGCUCUCUCAGCUGAAAUUCAAGAACUUGUUACGCUCUCCCGUUUUCAGUUAGUUUCCGACUACUCCGAAUAAAUGCUUAUUUGAUUUUCCGUCUCUUGCAGUUAUUUCUCUAUGUUUUCUUCCCAUAGUUCCCAUCAAUUCCUCGGAAAGUUCAAACUCAAACCUUUCUUGGGUCUGAUUCUCCCCAAGCCUUUUAGCUCUCAGAAAAUUACCAAACAGAGGAAGCCCAUCAAGCAAAUCCCUCAAAAGAUUAAUAAAACCCUCGCUCGCCAAUCGUUGGUCAAGAAACCAAAUGUUGAGCCAAAAGUGUACGCGAGGGAAAGAAUCACAAAAAUAUACAACAUUCUGAAGUAUUCGACGUGGGACUCUGCUCAAGAACAGUUGGAAAGCCUCCCUAUCAAAUGGGAUUCCUACACUGUCAACCAAGUUCUCAAGACCCAUCCUCCAAUGGAAAAAGCUUGGCUCUUUUUCAACUGGGCAUCUGAGAGGAAAAAUUUCAAACACGAUCAAUACACUUACACUACAAUGGUGGAUAUUUUUGGGGAAGCCAGGCGAAUUUCAUCGAUGAUGUAUGUUUUUGAGCAAAUGAAAGAUAAAGGGGUCAAGAUUGAUGUUGUUACUUACACUUCGCUGAUGCAUUGGAUGUCUAAUGAUGGAGAUAUUGAUGGGGCAAUUAAGUUGUGGAAGGAGAUGAAGGCAAAGGGUUGCCGCCCAACUGUUGUUUCAUACACAGCUUAUAUGAAGAUUUUGUUUGAUCACAAGAGAGUGAAUGAGGCAACUGAUGUGUACAAGGAGAUGAUUGAAAAAGGCCUGACGCCCAAUUGCUACACAUACACGGUCCUUAUGGAUUAUCUUGCUUCCUCUGGCAAAGUCAAGGAAGCUUUGGAGAUAUUUAACAGAAUGCAGGAAGCUGGGGUGCAACCUGAUAAAGCUACAUGCAACAUUUUAAUUGAAAUAUUUUGUAGAACCAGUGAAAUAUGGGCCAUAUUUGAAAUUCUUAAAUACAUGAAGGAAAAUUUCUUUGUCCUCCGUUAUUCAAUAUAUCAGAAAGCUCUGGAGACUUUAAAAUUGGCUGGGGAAAGUGAUAUCCUUCUGAGGCAAGUUAAUCGCCACUUCUCUGAGGAACACUUCAGCGAGAACACGGAUAGAUAUGAUGCAAUAUCUCCUGACAGUGACUUCAACGUGGAGAACUGCCUUUUUUUGUACUUGAUGAAUAAGCAGAGUCUUGUUGCUGUUGAUGCUUUGCUUGCUGACAUGAUAAACAAGUGUGUUCCAUUGGAAACCAUGGUGGUUUCAAGAAUUAUUGAGGUAAAUAGUGUCCGCCACAGACAACGUAGUGCUUUAUUGGCAUAUGAAUAUAGUGAGAAAUUGGGUAUAAAUAUUGACAGAGCUGCAUAUCUUUCCUUAAUAGGCUUAUCCAUUAGAACAAAUUCUUUUCAGAAGGUGGUGGAGAUUGUCGAGAAAAUGGUGAAGCAAGGUCUUUCUCUUGGCACACACUUAAAUUCUCUUCUAAUAUAUAAGCUUGGCUGCAACAGGGAAGCUGCUUCUGCUGCAAAAGUGUUUGAUUUAUUACCUGAUAAUGAGAAGAGUACUGCUGAAUAUACAGCUUUAAUAGAUGCUUACUUCUCUUCUGGGAAUAUUGACAAGGGACUUGAAACAUUCAAAACUAUGAAGAGUGAAGGUGUAAGUGUCGCCUUAGGAACUUAUUGUGUUUUAAUAGCUGGUCUUGAAAAACAUGGUAAAACUCGUGAGCUAGAGUAUUACAAAAAGGAAAAGAAGAUGCUGCAAACUGAAAGAUGUUCUCAAAAUGUUCCAAUGGAGGAAACAAUAUGUAAUCUUCUAUUUGCUGGGGAAUUUACUGCUAACAACGCUAGAUAGAUCGAGAUACAUAUUGAUAUCCUGGGAUUGAGUGUGCUGUCAGAUUCUUUUUUCCAACGCUAUGCAAUAAUAUGCUAUGUAAUGCCAUAAGAGACAGGCACUGCCUCACCUCAUGGUUUGAUUGAGCGUUUUUGGCUGAGAUGAUGUUCUUGAUGCUAGUUAUUUCUUAAGCACUUGCAUCAGCUUACACAGAAUGUACAAUUUGAGGUGCUAAAGGUUGUGACAGGGGCUCAAGGGCAAAUAAUUUUCGACCAGGUAAUAUAUUUGUGUUGAGAUACAUAUUGGGCCACGACGAUACUUGAACUAAAACCAUUGGCGUUAAUUUGUUAAGCAACCGAGAUAUCAUCCUGAGCAUCUGGAGAAUGCCAAAUGGAAGGACAAGACUCAAGAGCUAGGGAUGUUUUAGUAAGCGCGCUGCUAAUGUAUGCUGACAAUAUUCGAGUAAUUGUUUCUUAUGGCUUGAUACAUUUUGUAAAAUAAGUAGUCAUGAGUUGAACUGUAAAUCCUGUGCUGUUUUUUCUUGUGGCCACAUGGAAGAUGGAAUUGAGCGCUGGCCGCAGAACUCUCGUUUUCCAAGUCGUAUUUUGUUGUUAGCCGUGGAUGAUAAUUA